AGAUGCGGCCGUCAUACCCGGAAAAUGGCCAUUGAUUCCAACCAAUCAGCGAACAGGCAGGAAGGGAAGGGCGGUACUUGUGAAAAAAAGCACAUUGUCGUUCCAGAAGACCGACGUGCUUCACCUCUGCGACGAUUAUACAGAACACUGUGGAGUGAAAAAGUCUUGGCCAACAUGUCUGACAAGAAGGCAGUGAUCAAGAAUGCGGACAUGUCCGAAGAAAUGCAGCAAGACGCCGUGGACUGUGCCAUGCAGGCCAUGGAAAAGUACAACAUUGAGAAGGACAUCGCCGCCUAUGUCAAAAAGGAGUUUGACAAGAAGUACAACCCCACGUGGCACUGCAUCGUGGGCCGGAACUUCGGCAGCUAUGUGACGCAUGAGACCAAGCACUUCAUCUACUUCUACCUCGGCCAAGUAGCCAUCCUGCUCUUCAAAUCGGGCUGAAACUGUGGGUGGGGGGGUCUUUUUUGGGGAUGAGAACACCACCCAUUAAACUCCAUGCUGUCCGUCAAGCACUCUGCAGAUGGGACUCCCUCAGAAGGUACCUGCUCAGACUAUUAAAUGGAAAGAGACGCUGGUGAUGUGUCUACAGGGUUUUGGGAGGUAUUUGUUUUGUUAAACCCACGACCGUUGCUUAUGUGUACAUUUAUUUCAUAUGGAUGGUUCAUUUAAUUUUCUAUGCCAGGCUGUUGCCAUUACUCUAAAUAAAAUGUCACACUUCCAAGUUAUAGUAUGUCUGAACUUCACUGUUGUUGCACAGUAGUUGCUGUUUGUUUCAUGUGUCAGUGCAUGGUGUAAUUUUGCUUACCAGUACAUUCUGCACAGCAACACUGUUGUAAUUAAAUAUUGUCUUGUAUUUACAUGUA